GCUGCCGCCGCCGCCGCCGCUCUUUAUUAUUAUGUGUUAUUUUAUUUUACUCGUUAUUUUUUUUCCUACUUUCCGACGCACUCGAUCCACCGUCGGGUCCCGCGCGUAACGUGCGUUUCGGGUUUGUUUUUUUUUUUUCCUCGCAUAACGGCUCCGACGGCGACGACGCGUACGACGACCACGGCGACUCGCACCCGCGGGCCAGACACGACGAUCGCACACGAAACUACGGCUUUUGACAAGGUAGGUAAACCGCGCACGAUAUUAUUGUAUACAUUUAAACGGUCGUCGAUCGUUAUCGUUGGGGUUAUCGCAGGGGUGGACUCGUUUACGCGCGCUAAAAUAUUAUCCGCGAAAACCCGUACCCGUAUAAGGUACGCGUCGUCCAUUAGACGCGCCGACAGUAAUAAAGUCGAAUUCGAAUUGAAUGAUCGGGUCGGACCGGGACGCCGAGGGCCUGACGCGAAGAAAAAAAUAAUCUGUCGCGGGUUUUACGGUGACGCGGCCUCGCAUACGUUCGGUCGGAAUACACGAAUGUAUUGCAAUCAGUGGCGCGCCCAGGAAUUUUCAACGGUAGGGUACGUAGCAAAUAAGAAUCGUGAAUAAAUCGUAAAAUCGCCUUAUUUUUCUCAUUCAUGGGAAUUGGUAAUUUAAAAGCCGGAUCCUAAAAGAAAAGCCAAUUUCUAAUCAAUACAUCAAGCUUUUCGUCGUAACUUUGCUGAACGCUGAAAUAUACACAUUUCGAUAUUAAAUUUCUCAUUUUUAAGCCAAUAGAGGAGGGGGAGAUAUAACCCCUAACCUCCCCCUCACCAGUGAUUGUAAUAGUAAGGCACAUUGGUUUCCGAGGCUCGGGGUUUGUAAACUAUAAAGGCUUCCUUUCGAUUUUGUCCAACAGUCAAUUGCGUCUGCACUAUAUCAGGCUUCUUUGAAUUUCGUUUUUUAAUUUACUAUCGUAUUUACUCGGUACAUUUUUUUUUGUUAUUCAUCGCGCGUCUUUUUUUACAUUAAUUAAAACGAACAUAUUAUUUAGCUUUAACUAUGAACGAAAAUUGUAACUAUCCGUAGUAUUGGUCGAAUUCGCCUACAAUUUUUUCUUCUAAAUCGAAUUUUUCAAUUUAUUUUCUGUGUGAACUUUACAUGCAUGAGCCACAAACAGACGAUUCUCAUUCAUUGUCUAAAUCAUAACCAAGUUUUAAUAGAACGUAACGUGCUUGAAAGUCCUUUUUGUAUUGUACAUGUUGUCAGUGGAAUAAUCGGAUACAUACAACGAUAUUACAACCUUUAGCCUGGGGUCUAGUUUAAAUGUAGGGCAGUUGGCCUCCUGCCUCCCCUUCGAGCGCUCUUGGGUGGUUCUAUCAAAGAGGAAAAGGGUACAUUACAACGCAGAUAAAGUUUUUAUCUAAAUGUGUUGUGAAAUUUUGGUAACAAUUACGAGUUUAAAUGCGAAUUGUCCUGCGCAUAAACGUUUUUUAAAAUCAGAUUACUGAGAGUACCUAUUACAUUCUCUUAAAUUAUUCUGAUUUAGACUAUCUGCGUUUUAUAUAAAUACCUGUUUAAACAUAUUUUGUCCAUUUGCGGUGCAUAAUUAGCUAUUUUAUUCGUUUUUUAGUGCAUAAAUAUCCCAACCCUAAUCGUUACCUCACGUAAAACCGUUACGUGGCCGCAAAUAAUAGAGUUUCAUAUGAGCAUCCCAUCUUACCCCUAGACUUGUCUCGUCUCGACAAAGCUAAUUGUUCACGUGAAUAUUAUUUGCGGAAAAUUUAAACAGCAACAAUUAAUAUGUGAACAUAUUCGAUAUUACUGGUAUUAAAUUGCAAUUAGUUCAUGUUUUCCCAAUGAUGUUUGUAUAAAUUUCGUUAAAGCUUAAACCAUUUAAGACAAAACAAUUUAAAUCGACUUUUACGUUUCUAAAGCACGCAGUAGUGGGGCAACAAUAUCCACACAGACUCUCCACUGCUGUCCGUUGAACCGGGAAAAAAAAUGAUUUCAAAAGUUAACAAAAGUUUAUUAGUUUACUAUAGUACAUGGUUACGGUUGAUUUGGCCGACUAGGCGAUAUGUAUCGUUCAUAACAUUAUGGUUUUUUUUUUUUUUUUUGCCUAUACUAUAAAUUAUACAAAUAUAUAAUUAUAAAUCUGUAAGAGAUAAUCUCUAGAACGGUCGUACAAUUUCCAUUAAAUUUACGUCAAUCGAUUCAGCGAGAUCCGUGGAGGAUGAUGAUAGACUACUUUUAGUCCUUCGGUCUUUGGAUAUUCCCACUAUCGCCUCUAAAAACCGGGUUUUAUGUAUUUUUAGUACGAAAUCAAAAUAUUUUUAUAAAUUAAAAGGUUACUUUGGUAACACAGACGAAAUAAAAACAAUCAUUAUAGAUGGUUAUUUUGUUGGCACGUACCGAAUUUCGUAUUUUUCAAAUUAUACGUUUUUAGUUUAAAAGAACAUUGCGUCACACUAGUAGCCCCGAUAAAUAAUACAAAUAUUAACUGUGUUAGUUUUGCGCAUCAAUAAUAAAUAAAUAAUAAUUAGUUUAAGAUACCAUAUGCGAAUCAAUUAGUUAUACAAAAAUGUAUUACGGAGAACAAACUAAAUUUUCAAACAAACAUUUUCAAAUCUGGAGAAAUUCGAUAGUGGAAUCAAGUCAAAUAGACUGCCUCUAAUAGAUAAAAAACUAACGAGUAAAUAUUGGAAGACACUAAAUUUUAACAUGUUACCAUUGUUAAACAUGAUUUUUGGUCAAUACUGCGCAAGACAGCUAGUUUAAAUUAUAAACUCGUGAUACCAUUAUCGUUAUUAAUUUAAAUACGAGUAUUCAAUAAAAAUGUAUGAUAGCUGAUAUAAAAAAAAAAAUACCGAUACAGAAAUAUGAUAACUUCAAAAAUUCAAAAAAAUGUCCUGUUAACUAUUUACAAACUAAGAUAUUAUUAAUCCAAACCAUAUACCUAAGCAUUUUUCAGUAGAUAAAAUUUGUUGUUUUAUAUUGUUUAUUUAUGAGUAACGAGUACAUCGAAAUAUUGAAUUAUAACUAUUAAGAACAAAAAUAUAAAAAAAAAAAAAACAGUUUAAUAAAUGAAUACUUAUAUUGAUUUUUUCCGUUGAGAAAUAUAUUAGGUAUAUGUACGGUAUAAUACAUCCAUAUAUUAUCCACCCUUCAAGUUCAUCCUGACUGUUUUGUAAGUUCGUGUACAAAAAAAGAAUCAAUUUUCCGUAGAAUCCCUUAAUAAUAAUAAAUAGACAAUACAAAAAUACAUCGUAUUGAAAAUAUGUAUACCUAAUAUUUAUGAGCACACGCAGUAAUUUGAUUUAUUCGAAACUUGCGUUGAAUUAAACUCAUUUUUUCUUUUAAAUUCAUUUGCAUCUCGGGAUAUAAGUUUAGUAUUAUUGUUACAGACUAUCGUGUUUCGUGUUCAAUACUAUAAUGUUUACUGUAUAAUGCAUUCCUAUUGGGUCUACCUAAAAAGUUUAUAAAACAUUAAAUUUAUCAUUUUAAAAUCGUGAAAUUUACAACCUACUUCCUUAUAUGUGUAAUGAAUAGUAAUGUUAGGUUAUGUAUAAAUAACUUCAUUGUUGUUGAUGUUGUACCGUAAUGACGCCGGACAAUAUGCUAAUAAGUAAUAAUCUUAAUUAUACUAUCGAGUCCAAUGAGGAGGAGUCAGAAUUUUUUGUUUUUUUUUUUUUUUGUUUUUUGAAGCAAAAUGUAAUUCCCUAAGUAACAUUGAAAUAUACACCGAAUAUGUUUCCUCCUCUUUCGUUUCAUUAUAUUUAAACGAUAUUCGGUAUUCUGAACUAACCGAGGAACCAACGUAACACACGCUAUACAGAUAAUUAAAUAUUUUUUCAGUGGUUAAAAACCGUUAUCAACCAUUCGUGAUUAAGCCAUUAAGGGAAAAGCAAUUUAAACGUGCACGGGAUACUCAUACAUAUUAUUUUCACAUCCAACUUUCGACACGUUUAACAAUAUUGCAUUCCGGCUAUUCGUUUUAAGUUAAACAUUUUAACCAUACUACCAUAAGAAAUAAAAGAAGAAAAUAAUCGUGACACUGUUAUAGUAACUUAAUGCCUGUAUAAUAUACUAAUCGGCUGAUAGAGUAAAGUAAUACAGUUCUUAAUUUCUGGACAUUCUGGUAUAUACAUUAUUAUAGAGAACAAACGUUUACUAGCAGCUAUUAUAGUUGUCCACGUAGCCUAUAUACCUACGAAUAAUACUUAAAUUUUCACCUCUAGUACGUAUAUAACCUAAUUCCGUGUAAUUUUCUGUUCCGUCACGUAAAUGAAUAUCCCGUAGAAAUCACAUCGAUGGGCAAUUUAAAAUUUGUUUCGGUAGGGUCACCUGGCGGGCUAUUAUGGUCUUUGACAAUAAAUAAUGCGGCGAUACAACAAAAAGUCUUUAUAAUACCCUAUAUGUCUCUACAGUAUGUAAGCUUACAUUAUACGUAUAUUAUGUUGAUUUAUCACCGACUCUAUAAUAUAAUUAGAUAUAGGGUACAUUCGAUGGUCUGCAGUCCGUCGGAUAUUCAAUUAAUCGAAAACCAAAGUUACUCAGGUACAUAGUAUUACGUUAACUGAGAACCUCCCGGUGACCUUUCGGAGUGCCACUUUAAUAAUUAUAUUUUGAGCAUUAAUUUUAAUAUAUUAUUACGUGAGAAUUUACGUUCACAAUAAUACCUGCCUACAUUCAAUUAUUUAUUAAACACUUCACGAUGUGAACGUCAACAUAUUUCAAAACUAAUACUUCAUGUUAAGUACAUAGCUGUGGUAAAUUAUGGUGUGUACUGUACGUAAUCAACGGCGUGACUUCGUAAUAGGUAUACUUUUGAACCGUCCAAUAAUUUGUACGCAAACUGUAAAUAUCGGAGAAUUCAUGCGACAAACCAAGACACCCUAAAAACCAUACAGGCCAUAGACAUUAUUAAACUAAAAAUAACAGUGUAGUUAUAAGCGCGACAAGUUUUAAAAUACGUUUCGUGAACAAUUAAUUAAAAUAAUCUUUCGACAAUUCUCAAAACGUGUCAAAGCAAUUUGUUCGCAUUGCACAUUAUUUCUAUACAAUAAUAUUAUAACUACUGUACGACUUCUAAACAAAAGCCGUUAUUGGUCAUUACAUUAGUUCAUUACAUUUUCAACACGGUUAUUUUAAAAAAAAAAAAAAAAUACACACCUUUUUAGCACACCAACACACCAAUUAAAUUAUAUGACAAUUUAAACAAUCAGAAACAUUUUUGUUUUUUCAUAUACAACAUUAACAUUUCGUUCUAUAGCAUUCGUGUUCUCAAUACAUUUUUCAUUAUUCGCGGGAAAUUUUUGACACAUCCAAUCCUAUUUUAAGUUAUUAUUUUGAAACCUACUGAAUAAAUAAUUUAUUAUUUAAACAAACUGAAAUAAUAUUUUCAUACCUAAUAUAAAUAUAUAAUUACAAUUUACUGUUUUUCAUAACUUUAAAUUACCUACCUACUUAAAUAUACAAAAUUACUAAAACUUGAAUAUUAAGUAUUUAAAUUUAAACUUAUAACUAUUAUCCAACGAAUGUAGUGUUUAAUUGGUUUCACAAAGAAAUUACAAAUAAAAAACUUAAUAAAUAAUUAAUUGAAAUUUUAAAUUAAAAAACACACAAAUUAUAUAAAUGUAUAAUUAUUAAAUAUUAUUUAAAAUACAAUAAAUAUUAUUUUGUAUUUAUUUACACUACUUUCUUUAAUAAAUAUAUACAGAUAAUAAAAUUAAGUAAUAUUUAAGGGAGAAAGGUCACGGAGGUUUAUAUUCAAUCUUAUUCACACCCCCGUUUGACCAUCCCUACUGCAGUCCUCCUAUUCUUAUCCUUAUUAUACUGAUAAUAAUCAUUAAUUCACAUACAAACAUCAAAUAGGUGUAUUCGUUAUCGUGGAUACAUUUAAAUAUUACUAUCGAUGAACUCAGUGCAAAUAUUCAUCGGCUGAUAAAUAAUAAUAUGUUUAUAAGGAUUCGGUAUAAAUAUGCUUUGUAGACAUAGGUGCCUAUAGUCACUGGACAAUGUAACAAAAUCAUUUUUGUCACCCAGUGUUAUUAUAAUAGGUGAUGGUAUCUGUGUCAGAGGAAAAUUUCCAUUGAAAACUUUUAAAUCCGGGCGUCAUUUUUUAAAAGUCAAUGAUUUCCUAUAACAAACACGUAUUCUGUCGCAUCGCUUGUUUUGUCAUAAUAUAUUAUAUAGGCACAUUGUGUCGUUUACCUCUCGGAUAUUACGGAUUAUUUUUGUCCAAUGCACGUGAGAUGUGCCCGUGUGCCGCCGGAUCGUGCUGGAUUCGUCUCGCUCGCAUUAUAAACACAAAAAAAAACACACCUAUAUAAAGUAAAUGUGAAUACAACAAUGAAAAAGCCACAUAUAUGGGUGGGCGAUGUUAAUAAAGGAAGUUGAAUAAUUUGACUGCCGUGAUAUUGUGCAAUCACGUUCAUAAAAAUGUCCAUGUCAAAUACGUCUCACUACUCUAUUUAGUUAUUGAUUUUCCUAUUAUUACUGUUAUUAUUAAUGUGUCUCAAUUCAUUUUAUGUUAUUUUACAUUAUAAUCAUGUUGAGCAUGUCAUAUUUCUUAUAUUUAUCUGUAUAUUUAAGUAUUAUUAACCAGUAAACCGUGUAUUAUAGUUAUAUGUCGACUCAUCUGUAGAUAAAAAUGUAGGUACAGUUUUACCCGAUUCUUGCCAUAUAUUCCUUAUAGACCCGGUUUGUUAACCUCACGGGGAACUGCAACCUUGAGCCACCUCUACAUGGUGUCAAUGUGAAGGAAUACAUAAAACUUUAGCAUACAAAUGAUUGGGGAGAGAGUUGAAAGUUGAAACCCUCAAAAAACACAUCUUUGAUACUUACACCAUGCAUAUACACAAUUUCAUCCCCCCGGCUUCAUUUGGAGGAAGGGUCUGUAAAGAUGUACAAAGCUAAGAAAAAUGUCUUCCUCCCAGAAAAAUAUGAUGAAAUUAUAUUGGAAUUCAACCAAAUUUGUAUCACUUCAAUUCGCUCAUAAGAAAAAAAUACUCUUAUUCCUGGACUCAAACCAGUGGCAUACCGAUAAAGUAGCAUAACAAGCAAUGAGUCACGGGCCUGAUGAUAUUUAGGGGCCUCUAAGGCAAUAUUUUUAGUUGAUGGAAAGAUAAAAAAAAUCAGGUGAUGACCUUUUUUUCUUAGUAAUAUGAAGUGUACAUACGGGUGUAUGAAAACAGGCAAUGCUCUUUUAUCUUUUAUCUUUCAAUUUGGAUGAAUUCGUCCCCAACUCGGAUUGUGCAUUCUCUCUCCCCCCCCCCAUUUGGUUAUUUUGCCACGGGCAUUAGAAAUUCUAGUUACGUUCCUGACUCAAACGUAUUUAGUCCAGAGGGAGCUGCUAAAAGUACCAUAAAAAACAUAUAUAUUACACAUACAAUAUAGUGAUAUAAUCUCUAUACUCGGAUAAAUUCUACGAAAAAUAAAGGAAUAACAGGAACGAGUUUCUUUUUUGAAGAAAGAACGAGGAAUAGGAACGAAUUCAUUUUUAAAAAAAACUUUCCCUGCAACAUUGAGUAUUGUACAGAUAUCACAUUACUGUACAAUAUCUAUAGUAGUACAAUAAAAAGCAAAAUAUACAAUAAACAAUAAUUUAUAAUGUAAUGGCUUCACUGAUCGUGGGUCAUAACUUAGUUGUAGACUUGGAAUAGGUAUAGACUUUCCUGUAUAUUGUUAUUUAUAGUAUUUGAUACAGACACGAGACGAAGGACUUGAAACAAUAUGCUGUUCAUUAUAAGACGACCAUUUUAGGGAAUAUAAUUGUUUUACUGUCGCGCAAUCGAUUUCCUCUAAUAAUUUGGUCUAAAUGACGUGAACCCGUUUCGGUUGGUUUCAACGUGCGAAAUCACACGAAAGUUCGCCCGGCUCCAUUCGGAUCGUUCUUCGGUCGUCAUCGUUCUGUGAGCGUGCUAUGAACAACCCAUUGUUAAACGAGCGGAGUCCCGAUCGACAUUAAAACCUAGACAAAUUGUACCUACCUAUUUUAUGGCCAAAAAAAAAAACUACUAAAUUACAAAUCUGACUAUACUGCGGUAUAGUAUUAAAUCGUCGUCACGAAACAAAAAAUAUCACGUGAAUGGCUGUAAUUCCUGCAAUAUAAGACCGUAUUUUAUGGACGGUGAGCGGUGACUAACAAAUAGAUUACCAAAUGGAAUAUGGUUUACAAGAAUACGUUGUUGUAAUACGCGUGCACAAGAGUUGUGUCAUAUUAAAAUGUAUUAUUAAGAGGACGCUACAACCGCAUUAUUAGCUGUAUCAGUUUGAAAUAAAGAGCCAACAUAGCGGAAUUACGUUGCUAAGAACAUACAUUAUGUUGUUUGGGUUGAUAUUAGAGUUCAAUCAUAAAUGAGAAAUUUUAAAGAGGUGAAUAUUUUUUUUUUUUUUUUUUGAUGGCUGUACGUAGUUUUUUUCUAAAGAAUUGUCGUACAAAUAAUUUAUAACUAUUUAAAAAACAAAAAAAAACAAAACGAAUACGGCUAUAACUUGUUUGUUCCAUGAGUUUUUAGAAAAAAGCUAAAAAAUAUUCUUUACUUUACAUUUUGUUAUUUAUGUUCAAACUAUUAUUUCAACUUAAACGCUACAGUUUAUGUUCGAAGUAACGUAAUGUGUCUAUGUUGUUCGUUGGUAAAACAAGGACAGCGCAUGUGAGUAUGUAAUCCUCUAAAGAUAAGAGGACAAUUUUGUAAAAUAAUAUUGAAUUAUGUACAUUUUUAUAUGAGCCUGAGUUUUGGGGCAUUGAAUAAAAGUGAUGAAAUAAAAAUAAUUUCAGGUAAGCAUACUUUAUGACAAGCUUGGAUAAAGUUAUAAAUGCAUAUUAUUAUAUUGUAUAAAAGAUAAAGCCUAGGGUAUACCAGGGAAAAGAGAAAGAAUAUAAUACAGUGGAUUCCGCUUAAUGUGGGCAUGUUAGGACCAGUUACAAUUACCAACAUUAAGCGGUUGCCCGUUUUAACCGAAAUGAGUAUCGUUAUACAUUAGAAUCGGGAUCAGAUGGGAUUAGGCGGCUGCCUGCAUUGACCGGUGGCCACAUUAAGCGAAAUCCACUAUUAUAUUGAGAUUAGUAAAGUCAAGUUGACUUUUUUAAGAUUAAGGAAACCGACGAGACAGUAUAGAAGAUUAUAGAUAUAGUUUAAUUAAGCGUAAAUGAAAGCCAGGAAAGAAUCGGACUAAAAAAAAAGAUGACUUAGGGUUAUUGGGGGCGCUGGUAUGAGGACAUGUAUAAUUAUGAUGAAGAAAUGGUGACCCAACUUGUGACUCCAUUCGGAAUAAAGGCAAAGAGGAAUAACAAGAUAAUAUUAUAUCAUACUCAUGCAUUUGUAUGGACCUACCUAAUUAACUUUCAAUGACGACGCGUACAUGGGGAGCUAGGAAACAUAGAGCUAUUUUACUUAUAUAAGUAUGCUACGAUUCUGAGUGAAGUUCAGUUGUACAUAUUUUGAAAAGCUGUAUAGUGUUUACGGUUUUCAGUACAGUAGGUAUAGUAAGUUUGAUAGGUACCUACCAAAUAAAAAUUAAGUAAAAAAAAACACUCGCAAAAUUAAAAUGCCUAUAAAAAGCUCGAAAAUCGCACAAAUGUUUUGAACAAUAUUUCAAGUCUCUAUGAAUAUUUUUAGCUGAAUUACAACAAAAAAACAAAAUCAUAAAUUAUAAAACCAUUAUUUUUGUACAUUUUCCCAUUCGUUCUACGUUUUUUUCGAUUUUGCCCAAUUAUUAAAAAAACUACAAGAAAAAUAUAAAAACACGCCUUCCAUACUCACUAACUAGGUUAAAAAUUCAACAAAUAAGGUCUUCUGUUGUUUUAUUUUGGAGCAAUAUUUCUGGUUAAAAAAUUGAGCCGUAUAAAAAUUUAAAAUAUAGGAAUCAGUUUUCAUUUUUUGUCUUUUUUCUGGUUUUUCCUAAUUAUUAUGAAAACUCGUUGGAAAAUCAAAUAAUUACCUCCCCACUGCACUGGCUAGACAAAGACGGUACACUUAAUACGUCGGAGCAAGACCUCUGGUGAAAAGUUGUUUACAGAGAGAAAACAAAAAAAAAAAACGCACACACACAUACACCUCAUGGUAAAAACAUUAGGUCCUUCGCACGCUCCGAGUCUGAAAUACAAAAUCAAAAAUAAUGAAACCGUAAAUUUCCGUGAUAUAAGCGUACCCGUUUCGGGUAAAAAAGUGGUUUUCGGACACGAAAAAAAAAAAAAAUUAUAAAAUAACACAUCGCGGUACCAAUACAUUCCUCGGUUAGUUCGGAAUCCAAAUGGAGUGAAAAAAAGCCUUAUCCCCGCCGAAGUACGUCACGUGCAGUCCUUUUGUCGUUGUACGACGGCACAUCUGAUUCGCCGAUUAAUUAGUUUCCCGUAGUAAUUAUCGCCGCCACAACCGAUCGCCCGCUGCUCAACGUGAUUAAUAGGACGAAACACCGACGCCGCCGCGAGUUUUUGCGCACCGGCCCGGACAACAAUCGGGUUUCCCCGCGCGCGUAAUGUCCUCCGGUACCCCUCGCGCACCGCAACAGCAACAACAACAACAACAACAACAAUCUUCGUGUUAUUAUUGCAGCACCGUGUUCGCCGGCCGAGUUCUUGCAACGGGACAGCAGUGUACGCCUCCCGGCUCGACGUGGCGUCGCAACAAGACGGUACGGCCGCGCACUUCCUCCUCCCAGAAGGUUAGGAACCUCGUCCUCGCGGCAGCCGUCUACGUUUCCUGUACAAUGUGCACAUAAGCCGGUGCGACUGUAUAGAAAACGUGGCUCAAGGUCGCCGGAAACGCGAGACAAAUGCCAUCGUCACACGGAAAACCGUGAUCGAUCGCGGUAAUUACCACAUACAUAAAUAGGUACCUAUAUAUAAACAACUACGUACAGCCGACUCUCUAUGCAACCCUUAGCCAUCGGCAAGAUGGCCGAAUUUCCUUAUCCGUGUUUACACAUUUUAGGCAAAAACAAGUAGCACACGUCAAAUAAAAACGGAAGAAGCUAAGCACAGUAUAAAAGAAAUCUGUUCGCGUUUUCAAAUUCAGACGCCAAUACCUAUACCGAAAGGAAAAGCCGACGAGUUUGCAAAAUCAUUAGGUAUACAUUUUUCAAUCACGCACCUAAUAAUAUUCUAUUAGUUUUUGUCUAUUGUGAAAUUGAUGUGUAAAUUAUCGAUUUGUCUUUCUCUUUGACGUCCCGAAUAAAUCGUAACUCCGACGACUACUGGAAUUUCGUUUUAACCCCUUAUAAUUCAAGCGAUCGUGAUUCGUUUUAACAUUUUUAGUUUUGACGGUAUUCUCAGCGACGAUUAUGUAACGCGAGAUGGCCAUACGUCACGAUUUUUCGCCUAGAUUACAAUAAUAUACGUAUACUCGUUUUUUUAUAUAGUAUGCUAUAUAUAUAUAUAUAUGUAUAUAUAGUAUGCAGUAUGCUUUUUUUUUAUUGUCCACCAGUAUAAUCGUAAUGUAAGUGACUACUAAGAAAUAUCAUUAUGAAAUACUUGUAUUAUAUAGUUUAUAAGAAGCGCAUCGCAGAUGAGUUACGACAUUACAAUACUAUUUUAUAUCGUACGAGCAUUCUGUAAACUGAAGUCUGAAGUUGUACAUUGAAUUAAAUGAAAAGAAUAAAGCCGUUUCGAAACAUCAAUAACACAAAAUAAUAAUAAUAAUAAAUUGAUAUCUACAUCAAUAAUAUUAUUGUACUAGUGAUGACGUUUUAUUAUACGAACUAUAUUAUAUACCCAACAGGGUAAUACUAUAGAAAUGUUUCAAAUUAUUCACGAGUUAUUGCACAGAGAAAAUAAUAGGGCAAAUGGGUAUAAUAUCGCUGUUUUUUUAGAGGGAAGUCUGAAGGGAGGAUAUAUAGAGUAAUUCAAUGGACACUUGUUCGUGACGAUAAUCCUUUGCAGAGAAAAUGGAAAAAAAUUACCUCCCCGGUGAACCGAUUGAACCAAAAUUACUAUCAGAAAAGUCGUAUAAAAUGUUUGUAUUGGAGCGAGAUUUUUGGUAGAAAAUUCGUUUACAGAAACAAAAACAACCAAUCAGUGGCACAACCGAGGGAAUGAACUCCGAUUUCGAACGUUUGGACCAUCCCCGCUUCCUCUAAGACAAAUCCUGGUCGUGCCACAACCCGUAUACGUGUCUUUCGCUUCAUCCGGGAUCUAAAGUAUAUAUUUAUUUUUAGUUGGUACUCUCGGUGUAAUUGAAUCUCGAAACGAUGUCUUUCCAGUCUAAAUGAUAAUAUUAACGCUGCGUGAAAACAUAGUUUUAUUGAUGACAAUAAUAACCGUGUAAGUGUCAUGGCGACGCGUUCUGAUUUUGCGAAAGCAAUUUAAAAUGCUAUUAACAAUAUAAUUGUCCCUAAUCAAUAUGUAUAUUUUGUUCACGAUAGACGUGCAGCGCACACCUAUCGCUACGCCGUUACGCAUUUAUUGGAUUCGUAUCGUCAACGUCACGAUGAACAAUGAUCCGAUUUUUUUUUUCUUAAAAAUAUUCAACAUAAUAAUUUAUAUGUACUUUAAUAGUAUGUAGGAAGGUAUUACGUACCUAUAAAUCGAGUACAGAUGAUAAUAAAUUGGCGCAUGUAUAAAUAGAGACGCACUGUAUUUUCUAUAGCAUACACGUAGGCGCAAUAAUAAUGAUUGUAAACCAUUCGUCGUAGUUAUUAUGCGCUGUAUAAUGGAGCUAUAAUGUUUUUUAAAUGACUUGGCACAUUUUUUUUUCUUUAUGAUAAUUUAAACCAGAAUAUAUAUAUAAUAUAUCGAUAAUUACGCGAUUUGUAAGGUAGGUGUCGGUAGUUAAAUCUGUAUAGUAAAUACCGGAUCAAAUUCGGUCGAAUUUUACUUUAAUUGUAUCUUCAGACUCUUCAGUAUUGGGAAUUACCUACAUUUGAUCGUAUGUAUCGACAGCUACUGCAGAGCUAUAAAAUGUGAUUUAUUUUGAAUAUUUUUUUUUUCUUUGAUAUUAAACGCGACGGUACUACUGAAAUUGUCGUUAUUGUUAAAAAAAAAAAGUGAAAUGUAACGUGGUUGCACCAAAUUUCAAUAAAAAAAAAUUAAUAUUGAACACUGAACGCCACGGUCAAAGUAUCAAUUAAAAUACCUAAGAGGUCAGUAUGGAUAGAAAUUGCAAGGGGUACGAGUGUAAACUCUUCCCCAAAUGGUGCCCCCCGCAGGACAAUAUCUAUAUUAUAGGUAACAAAGAUAAUAAUAUUAUGUAAUAUACUUAGUUCAUACAAUUUUUAAUCACACAUUAUAUUUUUCGUUUUCAUCGAAAUAGUUUUCAAUUGGACGUUGUAUUCAUGUGUAUAUAAAUCCACGAAUACGUUUGAUUAAUAAAACAAACGAUUUACACGUACAUACCGUUGAUAAUAAUCACGAGCUAUGCUAUUAUCCUUGGUCUUAAGUCAAUUUUUGUUAUAAUGUUUCCCGUUAAUUUUUUUACCUAAACGACAUAAGUAUGUAUUUAUAUUCGAACACGUGUUAUACCGAAAAAGCUAGGUCGCUACGAUGUAAAUUUCGACCGGCACAAAGACAUACAAGCCAUUUAAAACGCCAUAUAUUCAGACCAGAACAUUUAUAGUAUACGACUACGCUUAUUGUUAUGCCGUUUAUUAAUAUUCAAGAUUUAAUUUGCUCGUACCCAUUGAAAAACAUACAAAAUUGACUGGAGCCCUUUUUCCCUGAGAUCAAAGAUGUACCCAUACAUCUUGUACAAUAAUCUAAUGUCGAACAAUUGUAUACGCCAGUACAUGCCAUGUCGCCGUGAUUCAAUUAUCUGAAUUAUUACCGUGUUCACGAGUUAUUACCACACAUAUGUAUGAAUAAUACGUGUGUGAAAUAACGAAGACGUCUGAUAUAAUAAUUAACGUACAUUAUAUUAUGUUAUUAUAACAUUAACGCGUUAUACCAGACGACUUUUAUUUAUUUCCCCCCUACCCCCCUCCCGUUUAUUUUCAACGGCGUUUUCGUUUUUAGAAAAUAAAAGAAUAAAGAAAAUGUACACAAUAUACGCAUUCCUGCAUUUUAAUAUUAUACGUUAUUUCGUUGUCGCCAUUUGCGUCGGUGCACCAAAGUGUACCGGAUGCAAUUACACGUAUGAAAAAAAAAAAAAAAAAUAACAGGUCUUCUUUCCUAUCUGGGUAACAUCUCAUCAUUCAUUCUUGUUCGCCGUAAUAAUUCCGACGCGGCUUUGAUACGAAACCACGCUCAACAUAAAUCAGUGCGUCUCAAAACAGUGCCUAUUACGGUGAGUACCUAUCGUUCUGGAGAUAUUCGUCGUUUUCGUAUUUUAUAUGCAAGGAUAAUAUUAUACUAAUACAUGCCCGAAACACGUAGAUAGUAUGCAUUUUAUGUCUAAAAUACUAUACAAACUGUAAAAUAAUCUAUUAGUCACGUGUCGAUCUGAAUACGUGACACGAAUAUUUUAUUUAUUUUUUAGUUAGAUAUUUUCUAUAUUUUCAGAAUUUACGGAGAGAUAAAAAUAAACAAUUCUUGUUGACACGGUAUAAAACGAAAGUUUCCAAAAUAAUCCUAACAAAAAGAGCUGCUACUGCUGACGGAUGUGACACAAUUAGGGGUGGGAAUUUGGGAAAGUAGGAUACAAAAAGUUAUUUAAUUUAUAUCUGUGCGCAACGAUUGCUGACAAAGCAUAGUUCGAUUAAACAUGAAACAUGAAAUGCCGUAGUUUUUAAUUUUCAAUUAAAAUUUCUAGAUACUUUAAACGUACAUAAAAUAACUAAUAUAAUAUUACACUCAGCUUCUUUUUUUUUUACCACUGAAUACAACUUGUAAUGGACCUCUGUACAAUUCUCAAACGUUUCUGCUCAAAAAGAAUAAUUCUAUCCACAUAAAACCAAAUGCUACGAAACAAUCGCAAAAAUGUUAAAUGCCUAAAAAUAGCACAACAAUCACUAGAAAAGGCCAAUUUAAGUAAUCCGUGAAAAUGUCGGAUCUUCACGAUUAUUUUUAAUUGGAUUACAACAUAAAAACAAAAUAAAAAAAAAUAAAACUUUUAUUAUUUGUUCGUUUUUCCUAUACGGUUUUUUUCCCCAAUUAUAAUGAUAACUCCUUAGAAAAUCAAAAAAAAAUUAACGGACCAGAUCCAAAAUGCUACAAAAAAAUUUUUAUUGUUUAUUGACACAAAGGAAUAAUUAAAUUUAAAAAAUUGCAAACAUCACAAUAAAACAAACACAUGUCUCGUUCCGUUGAGAACUUAAAAACGUGUAGGCGCAAUAAUUAAAAUGGAAUAUAAUUAUUUGAAAUGCCUUAAAAAAUGUACUCUUUAAACGAUGAUACUCUAGCGAUUCAUUUUGUAUCCACAAAUUAUCAUUUUUUAAAUAAUAUUUCAUGUUUUAGUCAAAAUGACUGAAUGGCUUAAAUUUUAAAACCCGUAUUCAAGGUAUACGUGUUGGAUGAAUGUCAAAUUGCGGGCAUUAAUAUUAUUCGCUCUUAAUUGUUUGAUUACCUAGUUGAAUUACCUAUGCUGUAUAAAUAUAUGCGUCAUGUACUAUAGAUUAUAACCAACCAGCUAUGGGAAUCGUACCCCGUUAUAGUUACACACGAAUAAACUCGAUUCGGCACAAAUAUUACAGUGCAUCGAAUUUCACAUAAAUACUUUCUGCCUUAAAAACUAAUUCCACUAGCGUUUACCUAUAAUAUUAUAUAAGACGCACAUUUUUGUUCGAAACGCGUUCUUAUAACCGUGUACUUUAUAGAAAAUAAGGCUUCUGUAAUUAUUCUAUAUAUUAUCAAUAAUGAACAUUGAACACGAACGUUUCCGGAUAUUGAACACCGGAUUAACCAAAGUAACUGUAAAUUUAAAUUAUUAUUUUUUUUUUUUUUUUUUUUUUUUUAUAUUUGAACAGUGAGCACAGCGAGGAAUUUAUUAGGUUUUUAACAAGAAUGUUUAGUUUGUUUCUGGCUAUUGACAAUUAUUCUACCAGAAAUUUCGUUCCGAGUUUAAUAAUUUUUUUUUUUUUUUUUUUUUCUUACUCCUAUUUUAUUAUAUUUGAUCACGUCGUUAUACUCGCACACCGGAUUAUUAUUGUCCAUUAUGUACGAUCUAUUGACUAUUUUUUACUUGAGGUUUUUUGUCGUUUAAUUGUUGUAAGUCUACGAGGGGCCCGCCACGAGUUCGUAUAAUUUUAAGGUGUACAUUCUUUUUUUUAUUCGCGCUAUCAUUUACGGCGAGCUGACUGUAGAGGUUAAGGUUAUAACGCAUACCUACCAACUGUAUAGCCGUCACACCGUGACGGCGGCUCGCAGUGGUUGGAUAAAAUGCGUUGUGCGCGUGUUUGUUUUUUUUUCCUACGGGAAAAUUACGUUUGAUACGAAACGAUAAACAUAAUAAAAAAAACAAUACAUUUAUUUAAUCAGCAAUAGGAUUUUGUGACGGCGGCGCCGCGCCGUGACAUUUUGUCAUAUAAUUUCCGGCAAUUGAAAUUAUUCUUUUUAACUUUACGAGCAUACGCUGUAACUGUACCGGGAAUCCGCAAAACAAUGCCUUACCUAUAUAAUAAGAAAGUAAAAAUUAUUGUUCUUAUUCUAUGUUAUCCGAACGGAUCGUAACAUCAUACCUAUAUAAUAUAGUUAUUACCCGCAGUUUUAAUGUAACUAUACUGAACGGGUUGAAUGUAAUUAUUAAUGGUAACAAUAAAAUACAACAUAUUUCACUUGCAAACAUUUUUAUUAAACAGCGCGUCGACGAGAAUGCACCCGAAUGAAUUACACUCGAAUAAUUUUAUCGGUAAUGGAUAUUGCUGCAGUACACUCGUAUAUAUUUAAAUAAUUCAAUGCCGGAAAAUUACGGUUAUGUACAAACACUUCAAACAAACAGACUGUCGUGUACAUUAUUCUCCGUCAAUAAUACGGUUUUUAACGGAUCGGAUCGAAAACCGCACAUUCAUACCGUAUCCCAAAUACUUUUCAACCGUUUCAUAUUAUAACUCUGCUUCCGUUAAGGGUCUUCAAAAACAAUGAACUAUUUUUUUUAUAGUAUAUUUUAUUUUCGUUACCAGCAAUAAUAUUAUUAUACUCUUGUAUUAUUUCUAGCUGAGUGUAUUCUGUUUUAUUAUACUAUUAAUAAUAACCGUACAUAAUAAUAAUAUUUAAAUAAUAUUUUCUAUACAUCCAUAGCAUUAUUCUCAAUGAUCCAUUCAAUAUUAUACACACAAACACACUCACACACACACACACACACACACACACACACACAUCCAAUUUAUUUGCUUUAUGAUUUUGUAUAUAAAGUGUGCGCUACAAGAAAAUACAUUAGAAAACACAAAAAACGUGUCACAAUACUGUAGGAAAUAGAAACAAAUCUCCUCCUUAAGAGUCUUGCUCGUAGUUUUUUUUACUAAUAUGUUAACAAUUGCAAAUAAUUAAUAUCAUUUACAAUUGAAAAGUCUUAAUAGUUCUAAACAAAAAAUGCAUAAAAAGUUUUAAUUUUUGUGUUAAGGUGUCUGCGCACCACCUGUUUUUUUUUUUUUUUUUUUUUGUUCAAAACAUUAUCUCAAUUUUAUCAUGAUAAUAAUCUAUUUCUCUCUAAUCUGGAAAAAGAACAUGGGAGAUAUGUUCCUCUCAUCCGCCCUCUCAUGCAGUGUCUAAAACAGGUCUAGAUGAACUAUUAUUGCUCAACGUAAAAUUGUCUUUCAUUAUAAUGUUUGUUAUGUUGUUAGUGAUUGUCAAUUGAUGCUCGUUGACUAGUAAUAAAAUAUUGUCGUGAUUAGUAGCCAAGGAUGGCUAGACAUUACCAAUCAGUUGUAUCGAUUUUUAUUCGGGUCGCUCCGAUUAUAAUACCUUAUAUACCUAUAAAUAUACGAGUAUCGAGUAUAUAUUAAAACGCAUAGGUGUUAUAUAGCGUGAUAAGCAAUAUAGAAUGUUUACCACGAAAAAAAUAAUACAUUUUUUUUUCUUCAAUAGGAAACCUAAAAUUACAAAUAUUAUACUCGUAUCAUACGCAUAAAGUGAAUGAAUAUAAUACUAACGAGUUAUAAUUUAUAAGAGACGCCACACUAACGUAUGAAGUCGAAAGCUAUGUACAUAUCGAUUCAAAUUCCGUGCUCUGUCAUUGUUUAGUAGUGUCAUAACUCGUAAGACGAAAUUACUUCACAAUAUUUAUGUCGUAAUACAAAAAUGUAAAUUAUAAAUUUUCCACUUAAGUAAUGAAACCUGACUUCGUAAUACUUCCAUUUGCAGAUUUGUUCGUUAAAUAACAAAAAAAAAAAAAAAUCCCACGCUCAGUUAUACAUGUCAAUAAUAAACUAGUAUCGUAAUAACCAUUGGUGUGCAUUUGCGGACGGAUUGUGAAAAACCAGUUUUCAGUGUCAAUAAGUAACCUCCGCGAAAAUAUCUGUCUAAAGCUCCAAACAAAAAUAUGCUUAACAAAUCCGUAUUUGUGCAUCUAAAACCAUCAUGAUCGGAUACAUCUGUCCUUAGAAAUAUCAAUAAAAAAACAUUACAAACAUGCAAAACCAUUCAAUGCGUACAACAGAAAAAAAAAAAAAUAGUUGAUAUUGCUGAUGGGUGUGCCACUGUUGUAGGUAUGUAGGAAGUUCGUAAAGUAAAAUAAAUACAAAUAUAUACAUGGAUUAAUUUAAUUUGUAUAUAAUUUGAUAAAUCAUUGCCGAGAAAAAAUAAUUUUCACUCUGUUUUGAAAUUCCGUAUUAUAAAAUUGUUCCUCAAAGUCCUCAAAGCGCUUAUAAACAAAUUAUGCUUAGCUGUAUUACGCAGUUUUACGCAUUUUACCGCUAAGUCAAACUAUGAUGAAUUUCUUGUUAAAUUUUCGAUCAUUUUUAAUGAGCCAAAACAAUUUUUAUAAUACUAAAUAAAAACUAUAAAACUCAACAAUUUUAAAUAGCUAUGAAUACCUCAAAAAUCUUUUGAAUAUUUUGAAAAUUAAACCAUUUAUAAAAUUAGCUAAGUAAUUGGUAAAAAUUAAAAAUGUCAGGUCUUUACAAUUAUUUUUCACUGAUUUACACAGAAAUAAAACAAAAACGAGAAUAAUAGAAACCGUCAAUUCGUAAAUUUUUUGCCAAUUAUUAAAAUAACUAUAAAAAAAUAAAAAAAUGACCUACUCGAUGUACACAUUUAACAACAAAAUUUUUCUUAAGUAUAGAGAAUAAUUAAUUAGUGUUGAUAAAUGAAAAAGGAGAAAUAUUUUCAUUUAUAUUGUAUUUUAAAACCCGAAUAAUUAUUAUACUAUAACAAUGUGGUUGAAGUGAUGCAUUUUUUACUACAUUUAGAUUUCUUAAAUGUGCAUAUACAAGUCCAAAUCCGAUUUCCAUAUAAAAUAAAUGAAAAAAGACUAAUAAACUGGAGUAAUAAUAAAAACGGUGUUUGCUGAUGGGUGGUGGCUGUUGUAGAAUAGAAUGUUGGGAAGUUAGAAUUUAUAUCUGCACGCAAUGAUAAACCAUUGCUAACAAAAUACGAUUCUGAGCGAAAUUCGGUUAUACAUAUUUUGAAAUGCCGUACUAUUUACGAAAAUUUAACCACGACCAGAAAAGUUGAAUAAGUAUAAGUGGUAUAAAUAUUCUGUAAAAAUUCCAGGUCUGUGAAUAUUUUUAUCCGAAUGAAAACACGAAACUUCGCCGCAUUUCCUAAUUAUUCUGGGUUUGAAAACACGACUUUCUUACUUACCAAUUAAAUCCAAAAUGCAACAAAAAAAGGUAUUUUGUCUUUAGUUUAGGUUAGGUAUUAGCUUUCGAUUAGAGUAAUAUUUCUAGUAUAGCUAUAGAAAACAUAAACCGUAAAAAUCGAAAAUAAUGAUAUCGUAACGCCAUAAUUUGUCCAGGUUUUCCGAAUUAGUAUUUUAAAAACUGGUUGGAGAAUCAAAACUCACCUUUCUAACUUAACAAAUAGAUCCAAAAUGCAACAAAGCGUGUAUAACUAAACUUCACUUAAAAUAGAAUUCCGUUGGCAAUGGUUUAUCAUUAUAGAUACAGAUAUAAAUUAAAUAACUUUAUGUAUUCAACAGUAUCAGCUCUAUUUUUAUUUUAUUUGUAACACCUUUUAAAUACGAGUUUUGUUUAUGAACAAAAGGAAAACUCAUCAUGUACUUCAACUGAAUAAAAAAUCAGCAACAAAGUAAUCAAAGAAUUUAACUAGGUAUGUUUUCAAAAUUAAAAUUUAGCGAGAAGUAAUUGAUGAAUUCUAUUCCCACUUAUUGGUCAAAAACGUCAUAUUCGUCUGUGAAAAUGGCUGUACCCCAACCCCUUAAAUUGGGGGUCAGAUUAAACGUGCGUCAGAUAAAUGAAAAAGUUUUAUCGUUAAGAUGGACAUUAUAGGUUCAAAAAUAAGUUUUAGAUAUAACAAAAUCGGGCUGAAAUUUGGGAAAUUGUUUCUAAUCACCGUAAUAUUUGAAAAAUAGCGCCUAUUAUCGUACAAAUAUAAAUUUUAAAAUAAUUAUUAAUAUUACCGAUAGUAUAUUUUAUAAUAAAUGAACAGAAAAAUUCAAAAUCAUACAUUCGACCGGCCAUCGGUUCCUUCAUUCCUUGCGUGUACAAAUAAUUUAUUUAGAUUGAAAUUCACCGUAUAUUAUAUUUAUGAAACAAUCGAAAUUUCGAAACGCAUUAUUGUCGUCACCAUCUGCAGUGAACACGUGACAGCGUAAAGAUUAAAGGGACGGCAAAUUUGAACAUGAUAAACAUACACCGUAUAAUGUUUGCCUAUAAACUUUUCUGAAGAACCCAAGAUCCCUCGAGUGUCGUCAUAAGUUUUCGCCCUACUACUAUUACUUGUAGUGCGUUCAAAUUAAAAUUCGAAUACAUUUUCGGAAACUUAUGCAAACAUACCAAGCGACGAACAAUACCAACAGUAGUUAUAGUUCUUAUAGUUGCCCGCCAGUCACAUACCUAAUCCCGUAAUUUCCCUCAAAAAUUUCAUAGAAACUAGUGGAGUAUUUAUAGGGAGGGGGUUCAUGGAUUCCGGAUCCCCUAAUCAUGGUUCGACCUCGUGUCUUUGAUAUCCAUUAUCUACUACACCAUAUUAAAUUUGAUAUCUCUACGUAAUUAUAAUAGAAACAUUUUGUAUUAUAAUAAUAUUAUAUAAAUUAUUAUUAUUAUUUAUGUUAUCAACUCUACAGUCUGCGUAGAUCAAUAACAAAUAGUUUAGCCAUAUAGGCGAUAAAAUAAUACAAAAUAAAUAUAUUUUUCUGAAUCACAAAUAACGUUCGUCUACCAAUACAAUCGACAUUCCGUGGACUCAAUCCAAAAUAGGCACCGAUAAUAUACACGCGCUGUUCGCAGGUAUCGUUUUGUUCUUGUCCGUACGUAUGUUAGUGCGUGAGUUUGCGGUCCAUCAGAAGCGGCAUCAUGCGAUAUGGUGGAUAAUCGGUUUUAGAAUCUAAACUCACACACACACACACACACACACACACAUAUAUAUAUAUAUAUAUAUACAUAGAUUUAUGAGCAAUAUACAAAAUAAAAUUACGCAUGGAGACCAGUUAGAAAAUAAUGCAGUCAUCACGUAUACCGCUGCCAUCACUAGUAUAAUAAAAUAUAAAUAUAUAAUAUGGUUGAUGACGAUUGACGACGUUUCGCAUUAAUAUUUUUAAAAAUCGUGUCGGCGACCGCGUUUGAGAUAAAACUGCAGCUCAGCUUUUUGUACACACUGUCUAGAUAAAAAAAAAUAACAGUCCAAAUUCGUGUUUGUCCGUGGUUGGUACGUUCUGUUCAUAGAUAUAUUAAAGAUAUGGUUAAGCCAUCAGUAGUAUUUUUGUGGUCGUGAAUAUUGGCUAACACUGUAAUCAAACCAACGAUAAAAAGACCUGAUUUACCUCUCCUAUAUCCUAUGCUAGCCGUUCUCCUAAUACCCGUCCCUCUUAAACCGCAGUCUGAAAUGUACGAGUGACCUGUCCACAUCUUAUAGAUAUGAGUCCGUCCGUCCGUCUGUAACGCUUUGUUGAUUUACCAUGACAACCAAAUAUAAAAUCCAUUAAAACCCAUCAUUUAUAAAACGAGCAUACAAUCAAUCUGCGGUUAUAGUCGACAAUAAUAGUGUAUAAGACUACAAAAUCGUCUCUUUUUAUCAGCAGAUACCUGUAAAAACUAUUUCACAGAACGGCUGCUAACUUAAAUAAAAGUAUAGUUAUCAUCAAAAAUAAUUUAGUACAUACAAUAGGUACCCAUACCGCAGGAAUACUGGUGAAAUUUGGAUAAUUAUACAAUUUACAAAGUACCUAUAAUAUAAUGUAAAUGUGUAAAUAAGACGAAACUGUUGUAAUACUUAUACCAAAAUUAAAUUAACAACGGUACCUAUAACUUGUACACCCACACUAAAAUCUAUAAGUCUAACAAAUAAUAUUGCAAUUUUGAAUGACCUGUAUCAAUAAAUUAUAUCAUAACGGGCGUUAUUAAUAAAGCCCAUACACGAUCAGAAUAACCAAUCACAUUUUUUUUUUUUUUUUAUUUUUUUUUUUCUGAAAACAUAAUUGUUAUUUAUUUGAAACUGUAUAAUAUUGGCAUAUUAACAAUCAACACAAUAUUGGUACAUUAUUCUGAUCGAAUUUAUAUGAACUAAGAAACAAAACAACAAUCGUUUAGCUAUAAUCAUUUUAGUCCCUUGGCCUCGUACGAAACCGAGCACUUGGCACAACUUUGUAUUUUCAUUUUAUUUCUUAAUCGCAAUACUGUAUACUAUACUACACUGUUAAAUAUAUCUGUAACAUUAUUUUGUAUAAGAAAAACCAUUCCCGUCUAAUAUAAUAUUGAUUCCGCCUAACAGUUUUUUCUAUGUGUUUUUAGGAUCGUUUGCUGAUAUCAUGAGUUCUACGGCAUCUCAAAUUAGUGACUUCAAUUUAUUGAGACGAUGUACCAAAAGGUGAAUACUGUAUAAAAAUACCGAGAUUAAUUAUGUCUAUCGUCCGUGGUCUAAAAUCGUAUUCGUAUAACAAUCGUGACUGGCGAUUAAUAUAAAUAAAUUACAUUCAGUUUUGGUUGUAAACGUCUUAAUUAAAGUUAUAAGUUCAAAAUAUGUAAGCAAUUGAACUGCUUUAUUGGUAAAUGGUAACAGAACAAUUUAAAAACCGGAAAAAAACGUAUAAGAAAAACGAACAAAUAUUUACGGCGCGCCGUUACCGAUUUCAUUAUUUUAAAUUUUUACGAUUUGUUUUCCACCAGAAAUAUUGCUCCAAUCGCGAGACUUUUUUUGUUAAAUUUUAAAUAUAGUUGGUGAAUAAUAAGAAAAUCGUUUUUUUUAUAUUCUGUGUAGUUUUAUAAAAAAAAUUGAGUACAACCGGGAAAAAAACUAAAAUCAACGGGAAAGCUUACAGAAAUAAUUGUUUCUUUAUUUUUAAUUUUUCUUUUCGUUGUAUUUCAGUAAAAAAUAUUUGUAGAGACUUGAAAUUUUGACAUAAAAUUUACCUUGGCCUUUUCUAGGCGUAAACAAAUUUACAAAACGUAUUUGAUCUAUUCGUAGGCAUUUUAUGUUUUACGUACCUAGUUUUUUUUUUUUGGUAGGUACCAUAUAAAUAUAAUUUUUUAAAUAAUAAUUUGUAUAAUUGUUUGACCAAACAAAAAUGCUUGCCAAUUUAACAGGAGGUUUGUUAUAAGUUGUACUUCGUGGUAAAAAUAAGCUGAAUGUUAUAUAGAAGUUUUUUUUUUUUUUAAUAAUCAUAUUAAAAUCGAAUUUUGAUGAAAAUUGUAAAAAUCCGUGCAUUUCAAAACAUGUAUAACCGAAAUUCCCUGAGAAUCUUAUUUGAUUAGCGAAUGAUUUGUCGUCACUGACAGGUAUAAAUCAAAUAACUUUAUUUACCUUUCCAACUUCCCAUCUACAACAGUGACAGAAUCGUUCCUAGUAUCAGCUCUUUUUUUACAAAUAAAUAUUUGGAAAAAAUAUUACAUUCAAUUGAAUAAAAGACUAAUUUAAUAAUUCUGUUUUCCAUUAUUUCAAAUGAAAAUCGUAUAACAAUCACUAAUCAAUGUAAUUAUUCACCUUUCGAAAUUCGGAUCUAAGUAAUUUAGCACCAAUAAAUAAAAUGUGCAUGUUGCUGGCCUUGCCACGGUAAUUGAAAAACAAAAUAAUAAUAAUAAUAAUAAAUAAAACAUAUACUCUUAACUAGUGGGUAUUAAAGAAAAUGUAAUAAAAUGAUCGGCCUUCUUGAUUAAAACCCAAAAUAUCAAAAAUAGGAGAAAUACCUCUCUAUAUAAUAUCAUUUUGAUACAAACAUAAGAUAGUGUUAUUAUUUUACUUAGCCUACUUGCUUCGAUUUUGUAACACAAAUUGUUAACACACUAUUUGCCUUGAAAUUACAUAUUAUAAUUACGAUGAACUACGCACACGCAGAAUUAAGCUAUAAUUACACCAACUCAAUUUUGAUAUUAUAAUACGCAGCGUUCAUGUAUAAUACGUGUGUGAAUGCGAAAAUGUCGAAAAACCUGUUUACUCAUACUCAAUCUGCUGUCGUUACAGGUCAUCAAAGAAGAACAACUCAACCAUCUCAGAACUGUACAACAAUUUAUACGCCAGUCAAAUGGUGGCAGUCAACCAAAGGGCCAAAAUGUCGCCUCAAAGAACCAUUUCACUGGUAAGUACCACAGGAAUAACUACUGUCAAAAAUAACACCAAUUAAUAGGGAUAGGUGUUAAAUAUUUAAUGCAUAUUUUCAAACCAUUUAAACCAUUUAAACGCAACGUAUACUAACGUUCAAUAACUACUAAUUAACUUUUUUGAUUUCAUGUUUUUCUGAUUUUAUUGCGAUUUUGUAAGUUUCUACAAUAAUAAGUUAAAUUUUAGUUUUAAAGGCUUUUUUUUUUUAAAUAAUUAUUAUGCAUAGUAAUAUUUUAAACGCUUAAUUUAAACUCUAUACAAUUCAAAAAAUAAAAAGAGCUGAUACAGGGGAUGGGAGCAGCCACUAUUGUUGGUGAGAAGUUAGUAAGAUAGAAUAUAUAAGGUUAUUUCAAUUAUAUCUGUAAGCAACGAUAAACCAUUGUUUGACGAGAGACGAUUCCGAGCGCAAUUCGGUAAUACAUAAUUUGAAGUGCCAUAAUUUUUUUUUGGCGAUAUUCGUUUAAAUUUAAUUUAAAAAAAAAAAAGUCGUCCGAUGAUUUUGAAAAUUUUAUCACGUCUAAUUAAGUCCAAUAUAAAUAUUAUUACCAAGUUCCAAGUCUCUACGUGUAUUUAUAAAUUAAUUACAGCAAAAAAUACUCCCGAAAAUUAAAAUUCCUUAAAAGCUCAAUAGUGGCUCAAUUGUUGACAAUAAUAUCGUAUUGAAUUAAAUCAAAAAAGUGAUUUUUCGGUAAAAUCAUAUUUUCUAGUAGAAAACGUCACUCGUGUUUUUAUAAAAUAUUAAAAUCGUGAAAUUGUACGUUUUCCUACGUUUUUCCCACUUAAGUGCUUUUAUUUAAAAAAUGACAUCGAAAAUCAAAAAAAGACUUCUUUAAAGUACAAUUUAAACAACUUGAGCUUUCAGAAUAGUUGCUACACGUAAAAGUCGGAGCAAGUAUACUAAAAAAAAAACGUGUCCACAGACAAGAACAAAGAAAAAAAAUAAACAUGUUAGUAAAAUCAAUAGCUCCCUCGCUACGCUCGCAAUCUAAUUAAACAUAUAACUUAAACGGUUUUCAGUUGGGUAAUUAUUAAUUAACUACAAAUCGAGUUCAGUAAAAUUCAAUAAUUAUGAUCUUCAAUCGCAGUGAAUUUUUAAUAAUCACGUUUGGAAUAUUAUUUCGAAGUGUUCUGUUAGUGUUUUUAAAAACUUAUAUUUUUAUAAAAAAAAAAAAAAAGAGCGUUAGUGCUUAUGAGCCUUCCACUAUUCUAGGUAAAAAGUUGUAAAUACAUAAGAUACGGAACGUUCUUUAAUUUAUACCUUUAAGCAACAAUAAACCACUACUGUUUAGGAAUUUAUAGUAUUCAAUCAUUAAUUUCCCUAAAAAAAAUACAUGCAUUAGAUACCCAAUAUUUAUAACUAUAUAUAUAUGAACCUUGUUGUCAUUAUUUUCUCAUUAACAUAAAAAAACGUAAAAAUUCUAAAUAAUUCGUGGCCUACUGGAAAUCCUUGAGAAUUCAAAUCGUUACGACUUAGUUUUUAAAGUUUUUAGGCAAUAACCACAUUCAAUGUAUUAUUUAUCAAAACAACUAGGUACCUGUGCAGAAUAUAUUUUUUUCGUCUGUACCUUAAAAAUAUAAUCUCACAUAAAAUGAUAACUCGACUGCAGUUUUUGUGGUUUUCAGAAUACCGUACUAACCAAAAAACCAUAUUACCACAUCACAUACCUUCUAUUUAUGUACAGUAUAAUAAAGGAACAACUUGUAUCCUUCGGGAAUACACUGCAUGUUUCCAGAUUUAUAUACAAAAUUAAUUAUUCAUACACACAAGUUAUCUAAGAAUUUACCAAAUCGCGUAUAAAUUAUAAAUACGAAUAUUCCAGUUACCUACUUAUAUGAUAUAAAACUUUGACAUCCCUUAAAACUAAACUUCUAACGGUAUAGUUACGUAAGUUACUCGUAUAUUUUACAUUUAAACUUGAUUAUAGGCAAAAAUCAAUAAUAUUAGCAAGCCAUUUUGCUUUAUUUUUUUUAAAUUUCAUUUUAUUUGACAAAAUUAUGCUGCUUCUAAAAAUAAGCAAUCUAACUUAGACACUGGCCUACAUGAUGUUUACAAGAAAAUAAUUCGUGUGAAAUACAUCAAUAGAAAAUAAAUAAAUAAUGAUUUUAUUACUGAUAUAACCAAAUCAACAAACACCGGUAAAUUUUCUUAAAUUUAGAAUAAAAUAAAAACAAAACAAACAUUUUUUUGUUAUUAUAGAUAUUAACAAAGAUGAACUUAAUAUCUAUAACUAAUAUAACAAAUCGUCUCAUAUAUCUUAGUUAAUCCAUAAGUUUUCUUUCAUAAUAUUUCCUAUUUCUUAAUAAGUCUUCUUUGGUAAUUCUGAGGUUAUUUAAUACGCAUUUAAUUGAUUAUGUUUUUCUUCGAUUUUAAGUGAACAUAAUAUUCACCUGAACAUUUUUUUUGAAUAAUCUGGGCUCUGGAAAAUCAGAGAUAAUCUGCUUCAUAAAUUUGUAUAUAAGACCAAUUUGAAAAUACCCUCACAAAUUUGGUUGCAGAAGAUUCUUUUAAUCAAUAGUAUAGUAUUUAUAGCCGUGGUUUUAACCUCAGAUAUAUAAAAUAAUUAAAUGUCUGUGGUUAUCACUUAUCAAUACUAAUUGACAAUAUUGUACCUGAUAAUUGUUGUUCAGUGCAUUUAUAAAAAAAAAAAACUUUUAUGCAGUACAAAACGAUAAAAUAAAGUAGUUUUAUACAUUUUAUACGUAAUUUAUACGAAGGUUCGUAUAAGACGUGUUUUAUACUUUAUUGUAUUAUCCGUUCCAACCCUGAUCAACCCCAAUUUUGAAAUUUCACCAGGCCAUAUAAUAAUAAAUAAUUAAAUAUUAAAGAAAAAAACGAAAUUAUUAAAAUGGUUAGUACCCGUUAAUAAAUGUAUAAUAUUUGAUUCACCCAUGUAUAUUAUCCCGCUUUUAAUUUAUUCCAUUGUCAUUGGAUCGCAUCAACAUGGAAAAUAGAAAAAAGCAAUUCAAAACAAAAAUAUAAUAAAUAAUAAUGAAUUACAUUAGCUGUAAAAACUAAUAAAAAAUGCAAAUCAAGCUCGAAAAAGACAAAUAAAGAAAUGAAAAGCACUUGAUGUCUACCGUGAACCAAUACACUAUGUCUACGUCCGCCCAUUGUUUACUCAGUUAAUUGAUACCGCGAUAUUUGUUUAUUUACCCGUGUCAGUUGUCCGCGAUAAUAACAAUUACUAGUUACCUAAUAUCGAAAUACAAUUUAAUUUCAAUUAUAUAAAUAUUGGUGCGACAUUUCAGCAGGCCAAUUGGGACUGUAUGGAAAUUAAGAGGUGCGACCGCGAACCCUACGCCCCCUACACCCUUGCUACGCGCCCUCGUUACUACCCUUGCAAUACUAAAAUAUUGAAAAUAUGUUUUCGGGCGAUAUAUCGCACGCACCGACGAUACCCGAGCGAUGUUUUCAAAGAUCGAUAAAUCAAUGUUCGCAACCUACGCACUGAUCGAUGGCUGAUCGACUUUGGUGGUUCGCGUAUUAUGAUACUCGUAUAUUAGAUGUAAGUAAGUGAACGUAAGUAAACACGGCACGUAUAUCCUAGGCAAAUAUAUUUUAUGUAAAUGACGUGUACGCAGGCACCACGUAUACAUACGUACUGCAGAUAAUAUACGAAAUAUAAAUGCGUAAUUGAUGUAAGCGGAAUGCGCGGUACACGUAUUUCGAAGUAAAACGACUAAAUUUAAAACCAAAUGUUAUAACAUAUCCGUAAAAAAUACGUACGCGUAUGGUAUACGUUCCGUGUAAACGUUAUGUCUAAAAAAACUCGUUUAAUUUUACGCGAGCAUUUAUACAUACAAAAUUUGAUUUGAAACGCGUCAAAUUGUUACUGCGUCUGUUUAAAUUUUCAAUUUUAAAUAAUUCGUAAAUAAUUUUUUAUUUUACGCUAGCAUGUUGCGUUACUCGUACAGCUACAUGCGCAAUUUCCAGAGUUUUAUUUCGCGCAUUACACAAACACAUAAUAUCAAUAUUACCAAUAACCUUUUGAUUAUUUUAAACAGCAACCGACCGUGUUUUCAACACAGAUUUGAAAAGAAAACAUUUUUCUGUAUGUAUUCAUAUAAUAGGUAUAAAGUGGUAUUAGGUAUAUGUGUUGUUUCAAUGUAGGUACUUAUGAUAAUUCCAUAGUGAUGAUAUUAUAAUUAUUUAAACGGUCGAAUGAAAUUGAAAUAAUCUAUACAGUUCUGCUGUAAAGGAAAAACCAAUGAAUUCUGAAAAUUGACUUUGAAACACGAAUUAAGAUAUAUAUAUAUAUAUAUUAUAUAUAAUAUCUAUCAAAGUGUAUCUUAAUCCGUACUUUAAAACUACGAGUUUCGAUUACGAGUAUUAUGAAAACCCCUUGGAAAAUCAAAAAAAAUGAUUUUUCUGACGCGCCAAACAGAUGAAAUUUCCUUUCAGAAAAAGUGCUGUACUCGGAUACUAUGGUGCUAGUUUUCCGUUCGAAAAAUCCAUUUACAAACAGCGUCGCGAAAAAUCGCACGCACAUAUCGUAGUGAAACCGAUAAUAGACCGUUCGCUCCGCCCUGGGUCUAAUACUAACAACAAAUCGAUCGACGAAUAUUGUCAGAAAACAAAAAAAAUCCAAGGGGAGAGCGAUCGCCCCUAUCGCCUAUACCCCUCCCACACCGGGCGUUUAAAAACCGCCAACGGCCGGUCGGACGUCGGGCGCGAGAUCGGUCGACAUCGCCGGCCAGUCCCCCGGGUCCACUGUCAACGGGUUAUCGCUGUUACGAAUGCGAACGCGCAGGUCGGGGGUCAGGCGUAUUCGCGACGAUCGCGUGUGCGUUUACUCCGGCCGGACGACCGAUGACCGUGUCUCGGCCGAUCGAAUCUCACGGUCGUCUGUGACCGUCCCGUCGCCCGGACACGCGUAACGGACCGGUCGGAAAUCGAUUCGUUCGACUGCGAAGACGCGCGGUCGGGUCUCCGGACGAGGCGCAAACGCCGCGUCGGAAUGCCGUGCGUAAAACGUUACCGCCGUGCUCGACCGGCGUACGCGCCCGGGGACGUACCUGAGCGGUCGGCGGCGGCGGCGGCGAACGAAAAGUCCCGCGCGGCGGCGGCGGCGUUAUUUUCGUAACGGGAGGCGCGCCCGCCGCCCGUGCGCGUUGCUGUAACCGCUGUCUGUUGCGGACAACGUGCGCCGCGCUACAUUACAGUACGCCGGUACGAUGCGCGCGCGCGCGGCGUUCGGGUCGGUCGUUCCCGGACGUCGUAACAAACGUUUUUGCCGCACGCGCGCGUGCGCGCGCGUCCCCGGCCAACCUGUUAUCCGGUAUCGGUUGAGAAAAUUAGAAAAAAAAAAUCUCGCGUGCGUGUCGUAGAUUCCGGUAGCCAUCCAUCGCGAUUGGAAAUCUUGAAAAUCUACCGCGGUCAUGACGUGUGCGCGUUACCGGCCGCGGCGCGAGAGUCGUCGGAAACCUAUUGGCUUCGGCGGAACGCGUAAUGUCGCGCGCGUACGGGGCACGCGCGUUUUGUUUUGUUUUUUUGUUUUUGUUUUUUUUCAUUCGCGUUGCGGCCGUCUCGUGACGCGCGUCGAUACACGGAGACGGGGGUACGUUAUUGUCGCGGCAGCAUUAAUAUUAUCGGUUCGCGAAACAAAAAAAAAAUAAACAAAAAUCAACGUUCCAUAUGUCGUUGUAUUGUCCACCGGGACCGAGUACAAAACAGCUAUUGAGUUGAAAAACAUUUUAAUUUUUUUUUCUUUUACGUCCCAACCGGCCGUCGUGAAAAAAAAAAUCGCGAUAUAAAUAGUCGGGGGUAGGUCACGGGACACGCCGGAGUUGACUGUUGGACGUUUCGAUAAAUGUUUCGAAUAAAGCACCGCCGGACAGAAGUUCUGCAUAUUUUAGAGAAUUGCGUGGAAAACUAGAAACCUAUCCAGACGAAAAAAAAAAAAUAAGGAAUAAACAUAAAAAGCAUUUCUUUUUGGAAAAAGUAGGUAUACGAAAGUCAAAUUUUCCACGAAUUAUUUAUUUUUUCAAUAAAUAACUCAUUAAAAAAAACUUUUUACUAUCAUAUAUUUUAUAAAUGUUACAUUUUCCUCGUUUUUCUGAACGAAUUAGUCUUUAAACAUACUUGCACAUACUUGCGGUUGAACGGAGUAGCGGCAGUCGUGUUCGUUUCCUUGUAGCCAGGUAACCCAGAAAUCGACGAAAAUAAAACCGAUUUAUCGAUAUUUGUGGUCGGUUUUUAAAUCUGAUAGAAAACCGGUAUGGAGUCUAAAUAUUUCGUUCAAAUAAAAUACCAUCGGGCGAUAAAUUCGUAUCAUAUUAUCGUAAUUUAUCGUUAAGUUGAUAACAGUUAUCAAACUAAAAUACUGAUCACAUACAAAACACUUAUCGAAUAUAAUCUUCACCGUGACGCCAUCGUAUCGGAUUUGUGCACUCGUACAGAGAAGACCACACUACGCCGUCGUAUGGCAUCUUCAUUAUCUACAGCACUGCAGAAAGUUGUGGUCAAAAAUACAAUCAGUUUGGAAAACGCUAUUGAAACUACUAGAUAAGAUAAUUGAAAAAAAAAGACUCAUACUUACUGUCAUUUGAUAACUUUGUGUGAAGAUUUUGAAGUACCUGCACAAUUGCUUCAAAGUUCGAUGUCACACGAUGUCUAUAUCUCGGAUAUCAUUUAUAAAUAAACACCAAUUACCUGUACAGUGAAUGUUUGUUAAAAAUAUUUUAAUAAAUUUUACAAAAAACGUGUGAUGAUUCCGGCCAGGAUCGAACUGGCGACCUUCUGCGUGUAAAGCAGACGUGAUAACCACUACACUACGGAACCGUGUAUAGAGUUUAACGAAUUAAAACCUAUUAAGUAGAUUUUUCAAUUAAUAAAUUAUAAUUAUCGUAUAUUGUCCGAAAUAAAUUAUUUAAUAAAACAUAUACUGUGUUGUACGAUUAAAAAUAAAUAUCUAUAAAAUAUGUUCAGAGGCGUAUUUAUAGAUUAUUAAUGCGGUGGUAAAGGAGGGGGGAGAGGGGGGAUCUGGCCGUACAAGAAACUGUCAUCGUUUCCUAAUAUUAUUGUUAACGUUGCCAGUGGGCCGGCAAAAAAAUGUGAUACGCUGAGAUCUUUGGAAUUAAUUUCAAAAUUCAAAAACAUGGUUCGACGGAACCACAGAAAACAACAUAUGUAAUGCGUUUUUAAUUUUAACCCUGUAAAAACUCAACAGUUCAUACCAAAUGAAAACUAAAAUUAUCACUAAGACUCAGGAGUUGUAGGAGUUACAGAAUAUUAUAUUGUUCUGUGAUAUUAUGAUGCUCUCGGAUUUCAGCACACUAAGGCCGGAUCGCGCGAACGUUCUGCAAAAAGUAUUUUAUGGACGCCUGUAGUGUUGCCCAAAAGAAUUUGUAAUAAUAAAUCUUGUAAAUUCAAAUAUAAUGAUGACGAUUGCCGGGUAAACUAAACCAUUUAUAUUUGUUAACCCUGAACCAUAGUUAUCUUACUCAAGUGGAUAACCGAGCCCCGAACAAUGAUAAGUGAUAAAACGACGACGUCUUUGAGCCAAAAAAAAAAAAAAACCUCUUUUUGUUAUUAGCAAUUAGGUUAGUACCUGAAUCGUUGUUUGAAAUCUACACCAAUAAACAAAAUCUGCGGAUUUGAUCAAUGCCGGAUCAGGCGCGCGUACAAGGGGGAUUUUAGGGGUUCAAAUCCCCCCCCCCCGAAAUUUCAUUAAAAAAUGUGACGAGAGUAAAUUUUUAAUAGAAUCUCAAAAGUCGUCUUUGUCAAUGAGACUUUAAUAGGUAAUAGGUACCUGAAACUUAAAAGGCUAAAAAUGAAUGUUAUAAAAAUAUUAACAUUUUUAAUGAAAAAUAAAUAAUCCUGCAGUUGAAAGUAUGUAAACUCCUUUGUUAAAUUCUAGGAAUUUUUACACCUGGGAAAAAAUUUUAAAAACACGCUCAAUAAUGAAUUUUUUUGUAGUUCAUUAAUAUACGAUUAUUUAUAUCUAUAACACAAUAUUUUUUUAUUUUGUUGUCAACAAGAUGACUCAUAAUCGGCCCAUAACUCAUUUCACACAUCAUGUCACGUGUAGUUUACGCAGUAAUGUAAUAUAUUUUCAGAGGGGGGGUAAUACCCCUCUGAAAUAUACAUUUACCAUGUUGUAAGCCUUCUCGAAAAUAUGUACGAGGUUUCGAUUUCAAUAUUGGUCCAAUUGAUUGAUAGAAUAGAAUAAAAAAUAAUUAAAACACCGGCGUGUAUGAGUAUGCACAUGUGUUUUAGGACAUUAUUAUCACGAUAAAAUUAAUAUGCGCGUAUCAGCUUUUAAAUUGUUAACCGACCUGCCUAUUUUGUUAUCGGUUUUGUAAGUUUCAAAGUAUAGACUGCAAUUUAUUUUCUAGGGCUCGUUACAUCAUCCAUCACAAACGCAAUUCAUGGAACCCAGACUCUCGCAACUCGAAACUUUAGAAGCUAAGGUAAAUCGAAAAAAAAAAAAAAAACUAUAUGAAACGUCUCGCACGGACGCCUAUAUCAAAACCACGCACUCGCCAUUUCAUUAAACUACGCGUGCACAUUUGUACACAUCGAACGAAUGUUCUGUGUAACACGCGUUUGUAUCUUUCUAACACACCCGUUGUUCUGUAUUGAUUAUCACACCACACAAACAGGUAUAUAUAUACGUGGUUCUACAAUUAUUAAUAAUCCAUAAACCGUUCAAACAAUUCGCAUUUAUACGAUAAUCGUUUUUUAUUGAACGUAUUUCGAGUUUUUACGCCAUUUAUCUUUUACGUUUAUUCGUGUGAUUUGACUAUCGAUACAUAAUAUACGUAAACUAUGCAAAUCAACUAAACACGGUGCAGGUAUACGGUUUUCUUGAUCGGUGCAUACAAAUAUAAUACGAAUCGUUUUAUAGUUAUACAUUGUAUAAACUAAAUAAUUGAGGGCUAGCUGAGCCAAUGCUAAUUUGGUGUGAUUUGAAGCUAUUCGGCAAGAUAAAAGGUGGUUCGGUGGUGGGGGAGGGAGACUCUUUUCCCCCAAAUAUUUUAAAACUACUUUCCCUUUUCGCCCGAAAAUAUCACAGCACAUUUCGACCACAUUUUCAUAACACACACUUCGGGAAAAACUUACUUUAAAUUAUUUAUUAUCGCCAAAACAACAUUUGGGAAACUGUAGGUGUACGAUAAUAACAGGUUUUAUAAAAAAAAGAUAACAAUAAUGGUAUAUGGAAUAUACUAUAUAAUUUUCUCGGGCGAAAUGGGAAAGUAGUUUUAAAAUAUUCGGGCGAACGGAGUCUUGUCCUUUUGUGGUUCGGGUUGAAUGGUAAUAACCUGCCAUCCCAAUUUAAUUUCGAGUGUGCGCCGCUGGCUAGUAUUAUACCAAUGCAGAAUCGUUCAAAUAUUUAAUACCAAAAUAACAAUAUAAUCUAAAUUUUAACGGCUGUAAUAAUAAAUAAUAAUAAAAUUAACACCUACGUAAUCGUUCAAAUCGAAUACGGAAUCGUGUUAUUUACGAAAUUCCUAUCAGUUAGGACCUACAGUUCUAAAUAUCCCCACAUCGUUUAACGAUAACACUCGAGUUGUUUAUGCGUUACAGUCUAAUCAUUUUCAAAACGUGCACAAUCCGAUUAACCAUUUCGAAAAUAUGUUUACAGAUGGCGAGCAUUGAAGUCUCGCUGUCAGCGACAUUGAAAAAACCGAAAAAAAGUUUGACCCCCGUUAUACCGAACAGCCCACAGCCGGUCAUGCAAAAGAACGUUGUAUCCGUCAAAAGUAUCGGUUAUAUGACGGACAACCACGACAAAGAGAACAUUGCACGGAACAAGUAAGUUCGCCACCGGGCGAGUUAAUCUUUCUAUGUUUGAUGGAUGAUCGAUUUUAAAUCACCUAAAUCGACUCACCUAAAUUUAAAAUUAUUUGCAGUUUAAAACUUCAAACUCAUCUAGUCAAUGAAACCAAUGAGCAUAGCAAACAUAAUCAAAACGUACAAAGCGAUACGGUUAACGAAAGUGAAAAACAAUCGCUGACUCAGAAAAUAGAAAUCCUAAAAAGUGACAUGGACCAAAAACGAUUGGCUAUUAAGAAUAUAAAAAUGUCACUGGAUCAAUUAGACGUUACCGAGUAAGUGAGAAACGCUGUUUAAUUAAAAUAUAACAGAAAGGUCGUAGAUGGAAAAUCGUUUUUUUUUUUUUUUUACACAAUCAUCGUGUUUAGUACGUUGUUUUUAUAUUCGUUCCAGUAACAUUGACACUAGGAUUCAGCAGGCGGAGUUAGAAUAUCAAUUGGGAAGGGAGGAACUUAACCUGCUUAGUCUGAUGGAAGAGACUAACAAACACAAGUGUCGCCUAGAAGAAAUGGAACAACACACUGAGCAAAAUGAAAACAAUACCUUAUACAAGUAAGUCACAGUUAAAUUCAAUCGUAUUAAAUCUGACUCGUAUUUUCUGUAGCUAUUUAGUUUCUAACCCUGGAGCCGUAAUCAGCUUACAAGCUGUGGAAUUUGAAUACGACCCGAAGAGUCCUAAAUUUGGCAUAGGCUCGAAAAAAGAUAAACCAGGCUUGUUCAUCGAUUGGACAGUUGACGAUUCGGGAUUUUCUAAAGGCGAUAGGUAAGUUUACAAGUUUAUGAAAAAUAUACGACAUUAGAAUUGUAGGUAGGUAGGUAGGUACGAGAUACCUACCUUAAUAUUUCAGUACUCUAUAAAUUAUUUAGGUUCCUAUUUUAGUAAUUAUCAUAAAAACAUUAUGCUCAACUUUUUUUUUUUUUUCAUCGUACCCAAAAAGACCAAUUAGUGUUCUGUGAAAAUGUUUGGUCUCUAUGAUGAUUUUAAUCGAAUUACAAAAAAAAAAAAGAAAUCGAAAAUAAUGAAACCGUUACUUUCUCAAUCUUUCCCGUUUUUUCUGUUUUUUUUUCCAGCUAUUAAGAAAAUUACAAGGCAAAUUAGAAAACGACCACCUAAUACACGAAUAAAAUUGAAUUUUCUUUCAGAAAAUAUGCACUGCAAUUACUAUAUACAUGUUUUCAGACCAAAAUUCCUGAUAAAAAAACAAAAUCGAAAAUAAUGAAACUUAUAUUGCCGUAAAUACGUACGAUUUUCCCCAAUUACUAUGAAAAUUACUCGAAAAAUCAAAAAAUAAUCUCCCUAAUGCACCUUCAAGAUACUAAAAAAAAACCAAUGUCAUUUCCUGAUCGGGACAAGAUUACUGGUAGGAAAUUGUUAACUGACAGACAAAAACGCACAUCAUUGUAAAACCAAUACAUACCUCAGAGCGCUAAAAAUCUAAAAAAAUAUAAAAAGGAUGGACAUACUUCGCACGUGGGCGCAGCUACUGUUGUUGAUGGAAAGGUAGGAUACAGACGGGGAUUUAAUGUACAUCUGUAAAGCAACGAUAAACCGUUGCUAACGAAAAGACGAAUCUGAGCGGAAUUUAGUUUAUAGUGUUGUUUUGUUAACAAUACAGUGUAUCCCACCAUGUUCGACGGAUUUUUCUAGCGCUGUUGAUAUAAUUUUUUUUUUCUAUUAUUUCUUUUUCAAUCGGUUUGUCUUCGAGGGGGACAUCGAUUUAGAGAAAAAUUUAAUUGUUUUUCAUCCCCUAUAGACAAAAGACAAGUAACUUUUUAUUUAUUGACAGUUUGGAAAAUUUUCAAAAAAUAUUAUACAGCAAUUUUAAUGCAUCACACAUUGAUAUCCGAUGAAUAAUUUCUUGGUUAUAUUUCUCUACGAAUAUUUUUAACUGAAUUCCAGCGAAUAACGAAAUUGAAAAAUAAUAAAAGUAUUGAUUUCGUAAAUUUCCCGUUUUUCUUACGUUUUAUCCCGGUUUUUCCCAAAUAUUAUGAAAACCGCUUGGAAAAUCAAAAAAUGACCUCCCAAAAGUACCAUCUGGACAACAACAAUCCAUUUCAGAAAAGGCUCCGCGCGUACAUAACUGAGCAAGAUUUAUUGUCGAAUUUUCGUACACAGGAUAAAAAACAAAAAAAUAAAAAAUAAACGUCUUUGUAAAACCAAUACAUUUUUCGCUACACUCGAAAUCUAAAACGACAACUCAUGGGAAAACGCAAAAUCCAAAAUUUAAUUUUUCCGCGGCCCCGUCGUACACACACGUUAUAUUACACGUGUGAAGCAUUUACGCAUUUACAUCGUAUUAAUAUUAUUUAUUAUUAUUUUUUUUUUUCUAUCAUAUCAGAUUACUAGAAGUGAACGGUAAGGUAGUGCUGUCUGUGAAGAACAAGAACGAUUUGAACCGUUUGCUGGAGGUGUCGCCGUCGUCUGUGCGCGUGGUGGUCAUGCACGACGGUCCGACGGCGGACCAAUUGGAACUGGCGACGCUUAGGCGCGAGCUGGACGCGUGCCGCGCCAGGGCCGAAGAGACGGAUCGGUCAAGGCACGCGUACAAGACGGAAAACGUCAAGCUCUCCCACCGGGUGUCCUAUCUGGAGGAUCAGGUGUCGGAGCUGAUCAAGUACAGGUCCACGACGAACGGCGACGGCAGCGGCGUCCUGUUCCAGAGGGGUUCCAACUCGGCGAUGGUCCGGAGCAAGAGCCCUAAACACGGCGUGUCCGCCAUACAGCAGUACAAACGCAAACAGGUGGUGUACGACGAUCGGCCCGUAACCGCGGCAGCGACACAGGACGGCCCGGUCAAGACGCGCAUCAGGACCGUACCCCGUCUGUACGGUAGUUCGGCCUCGGUCGAGUCGCUGGUGUCCACGGCCGACGCGGUGGUCGCCGCCAAAUCGUUCGAUGACCUGCACGGCGUGGUCGUGUCGCCCAAACGGAACAAGUACCCGGCCACCCGGAACAGCAGCAGGACCCGGCACAUACGCGAGGCACAGCAAACGCUGUUCCGGUUCCUGGACUCGGAGUCGUCCGGCGACACACUGUACAUGAUGCAACAGCAGAGCGGCGGCGCGGCCGCGGCGUCAUCGACAUCGACUGGCGGUGGUAGCGUCAAAUCGUUGGACCUGCAGCAGGACGCCGCCACCGAAUCACACCGGCUCAAGAGCACCGAAUACUACUCGCACCUCACAGCCUCCCCUUCGCCGUCCGUCUGCGCCGGUGGCUCGCCACACGGCAGCUGGUCGCUCAACUACGACUCGGAACAGUCGGGCAGGCGAGCUCCAAUGCCCCCCAAAAAACCGCUUCGGCUAUCGCUACAACAGAGGCACGGCAACAAAAACCGCGUCGACGACGCCGACAACAAACGCCACAGGCACCAACGCGAUAACGACGAAGUCGACUUAUCGGCCAUAAACAAUACUAUGUCGACGUGAAAUGUCUGAUAACAAGCCUGAUAUUAUUGUAAUACUAUGUAUGUAAUUUAAUUUCUAUUUAUUUAUUGUGUAAUAUACAUUAAGUAUUUAUUUACAAA